AUGGCCAACAAAGCGCAGCAGCCUCCUUACCUACACCUGGCGGAGCUGACCGCCUCCCAGUUCCUGGACAUCUGGAAACACUUCGACACUGAUGGUAAUGGCUACAUUGAGGGGAAGGAGCUGGAGAACUUCUUCAGGGAGCUGGAGGUUGCGCGGAGAGGGGCGGGCGUGGAUCCCUCAAACGCCACCUUCAGAGAAAAGAUGAAAGAAUUCAUGGCGAAAUUCGACAAGAACGCAGAUGGGAGAAUCGAGAUGUCAGAGCUGGCCCAGAUUCUGCCCACAGAGGAGAACUUCCUGCUCUGUUUCAGACAGUUUGUGGGAUCCAGCUCUGAGUUCAUGGCGGCAUGGAGAAGGUAUGACACAGACCGCAGCGGAUACAUUGAAGCCAAUGAGCUGAAGGGGUUCCUGUCAGACCUGCUGAAGAAGGCCAACAGACACUACGAUGACCAGAAGCUGAAUGAGUACACACAGACAAUACUGCGAAUCUUCGACCUGAACGGCGAUGGGAAGCUAGGCCUGUCUGAAAUGGCAAGGCUACUACCUGUGCAGGAAAAUUUCCUACUGAAGUUUCAGGGCAUCAAGCUGACCCCUGAUCAGUUCAAUGCCAUCUUCACGUACUACGACAAGGACGGGAACGGUUACAUCGACGAGCAGGAGCUGGAAGCGCUGCUCAAGGACCUCUACGAGAAGAACAAAAAGGAGGUGGAUACCAAGAAUCUGACGGGCUACAAGAAGAGCAUCAUGGCUCUGUCGGACGGCGGGAAGCUGUACCGCACCGAGCUGGAGAUCGUCUUGUGCCGGGAGCCUAUGCUGUGAACACCGUGACCCCUGACCCCUGACCUCUGACCUACAUGACCCUCCCAUCUCUCCAACCCCAGAUCACCCCCACCUCCACCUGUCUAACUCUACCAUAACCAGGUGCAUGUGCUGGGCUCAAGUUUGAUUGGUUUUGAAUAGAUGUGCACUUAAAGGCACAAACAAACCCUCUUUCCCCUCCCUCUCUACCCCAGAAAUCCGUCCUGUACCCACCCCUGCCCUGACUCUGUGCCCCUUCUCUCCUGAUCGCAGACUGGCGCUUUCCUAAGACUUCACCAUUGUCUGCAGCUUGAUUUUUUUUUUAAAACCCUUAAAAUAAUAAAAGUUUAAGAAGUAACAUGUCUUACUAAUGAAGAUAACUUCAGCUGAAACAAAUUAUGAACUAUAUGAAUAUAAUAUGAUAAGUAUCUAUUUGAAAUGCUUGGUUUGACUGUCUCCUUUAUCGUCUUCCACACUUCUAUAUUUUUGGUCAGUCGUCGCCAUCCUGUCUCUCUCUCUCUCCCUCUCUUGCCAUUGUAUCACUGUUUCCUUGUUUUGUUUUGGAGUUUUUGGCUAAUACUGUUUUACUGAGGAUGUCACU